AUGGAUUCGGCACAGGAUGCCGAGUCGGUAGCGAAACAGAUAGAAGAAUAUGACGGGCUGAAGACUUUGGAAUUGAGAGGGAACACUGUUGGUGUUGAGGCGGGUGAAAGACUUGCCCAAGCGCUGGAAAUGCACCCUGAACUAGAAGGAACGAGUUCCUGUGCUCAGUUCGAGACAUACACGAAGGAUGGGUCGACGUUCUCCAUCAUUAUGCUUCACGCAUUCGGUAUCACACUCUAG